AUGUCGGAAAAGAUUAUGACAAUGGAGAUGAAGAUACUGGACACAUUGGAAUGGCGGAUGCGCUCCUUGACCGCCAUAGCUUUCACGGAUUACUUCUUUCCCCAUUUCGCAGUGAAAGAUGAUGUGAAGCCAAUUGAAAAAUUCACCCGUCAACGCAUUUUGCAAACCGUUAUCCAAGUUCAAGGAGAUAUGAAAUUCACGAAGUUCAGGCCGUCAACUAUUGCUGCAUCAGCAAUCCUUUGUGCCUCAUUCAAGUCCUAUCCCGACACAUUCCAUUGGUUCAUUAGGAGGCUCUUCGCUUUCCCGUACCUAGACAAGGAUUUAUCUCUGUGGCUGUGUACGAAUGAGAUGGGAAUUGCGAUAGAGGCUGGAAUUAUGAUUAAGAAGGCAAUAACAACUGUGCAAGCCAGGCAAAGGGAAGCCUUAAUAAAAGCAAAAAUUAAGGAGGAUGCCAGAAAAGCCAGAGCCAAAGCCAAAGCCAUAGCCAGAGCCAAAGCCAGAGCCAAAGCCAUUGAGGAAGCCAGAGCCAAAGCCAGACCCGAAACCAGAGUAACUAAAUUGGAGACAGCCAAAAGGAUGAAGAAAGAAAUAGAAAAGGAGGAAGCCAAAGCCAAGGAAGGAACAAAAAUAGAGGAAGCUAAAGCCAAAGAAGCCGAAGAGAUAAAGAAAGAAACAAAAAUGGAGCAACCCAAAGAGAUUAAGAAAACUGUGGAGGAUGUUAGAAACAAAGGGAAGGAGAAAAUAUUUGAGCAGCCCAAACCCAAAGGACCAAAGUCAUACGGAAAUAUCAUUAAGUCACAAGCAGGAAUUGUAAUCAAGUCGGAAAUGAGAGAAAAAAUGGAGAAGGAGAAAAUGAUGCAGUCCAAACCCCAAGUACCAAUCAAGACUAAGGAAGCUGAGGAAGCCAAAGGGACUAAGAAAGCAGAGGAGGAGGAUGUUAGCAAGAAAGCCAAAGGGGCGGAGAAAAUGGUUGGGGAGCCCAAACCCAAAGUAGCAACAGAACCAAUCAAGACUAAGCAAGCUGAGGAAGCCCAAAGGAUUAAGAAAGCAGAGGAAGAGGAGGCUAGAAAGAAAGCCAAAGGGAAGGAGAAAAUGGUUGAGGAGCCCAAACCCAAAAUAGCAACAGAAAAACCAAUCAAGACUAAGCAAGCUGAAGAAGCCGAAAGGAUUAAGAAAGCAGAGGAGGAGGAGGCUAGAAAGAAAGCCAAAGGGAAGGAGAAAAUGGUUGAGGAGCCCAAACCCAAAGUCCCGAAAAUUGCUAAGUCAGCAAAGGUACCAGUUAGGAUUGGUAAAGGGCAGCCGAGAUAUAAGCCAAGGCCAAGGCCAAGGAUAAGGCCAAGGCGAAGGGGAAUGCCAAGGAUAAAGGUAAAAAAAGUUAAGCUAGCAACUAUUGAAGAGGAGCCCAGUGCAGAAUAUUUUGGAGAGGGGGAAAUAAUAUUCCUAGAUUUUCCACUCAAUUGGCCAAGGGUUGAACUUGGUAAUGAUGAUCUGGUUGUGGAACAACAACAACAACAACAACAACUCAACAUCCCCAACGUUGGACCUCAUCGACGACCUCAACCUCAACCUCAAUCUCAAGCGCAAGCUCAACCUCAACCUCAACCUCAAUCUCAAGCGCAAGCUCAACCUCAACCCCAGCCUCAGCCUCAGCCCAGACCCCCCAGACCCUGCUGCGGCUUUAUGUAG